UGGGGGAGGGGGAUUCGAUUUCCCCUAACCAAUCAGUAGAGACCGACGUCACGUAUCCGCCUCUAACGUCAUUUUAAGUCGACACUGAUGCGUAGCCAUCGUUUUGCCGGGGUUUUUAGAGUGGAGCGAAGAAAACAAAACUACGAUGUCGGGCGAUAUUGAGAAGACAUGCCGUCUGUGUAAAACAAAUUUAGUAAUCAAGGGGGUUAUAUCAAAUACAAGAAUAUUAUUCAGCAGCCCAAACGCGAAAGAGAGGCCAUUAAGUGAACGUUUCCGAGAUGUCGGGGUAAUUCUCCCAUAUAGACCCGGUGUCUAUUCUGGGAGGAUUUGUGUCAAAUGUUUUCGACUACUUGUCAGGGUUGAAGAGUCGCAAAUUACUCUAAAGAAAUGGCAAGCGGAGCUUAACGUUACCGACACAAACGAGGAAGGCUCAAGAAGAGGAGAGAAGAGGGACCGUGAUACGCCAACAAAGACGCCACAUAAAAAGAAGCUUUGCCAGAGUCUCAGCCCGGAGUCGACACCGGCAUCUCGUAGCAGUACGACAGAGGUGUCAAUAACGUACCCCAGUAAGACAGAGAGGCAUAGAUGUGACUCAGACAUCAGUGGAGUGAUAAACCAUUUGGCAAAGGGCAAUUUCACAACUGCAGCCAGGCUGAUGGUGCAGCAUGAGGAUCUUAUGGAGGCACUCAAACCUGUAAUGGGAGCGGUUAUUGACAAGGAGUGCCAGCGUCUUUGCCAACGAAGGGAGGGUUUUAUGCUGUGGAAGAGUUCCCCAGAAGAACUGAAGAGUUUCUCCUUGCACAACCUUGGGAAGGAUUUGGCGCGGAUGGCGCCGUUUAUGUUCUCUUUGAUUUGCAUAAUAUCUGGAAUGCAACCCAACCAUGCCUGUGCCGCCGCUGCAAUUGCCCUUCGAGGGAGGGAAAACCAUCUUUCAGCCUUUGCAUACUAUGUCAACAGUGUACUGCAGCGCGGUGGUGCCAGGAAGGCAGUCUUCAAACGUCUAAGCAGGAUGGGGAUCACCACCACACAUGCCAAUGCUGUCAAACAUAGAAUGGCAAAACUGAAGCUCAACCCAGCAUCUCGUAGCAAUACGACAGAGGAAACGUGGCAAAAUAACCCAACUUGUUAUACUAUAGAAGUUACGUUAAGUUAGCAUGUAGUCUCAUCCUAUUAUUGUGUUAUAAAUGUAUUAUUAUAUAAAUAUAUUUAUUAUUGUUAUUGAUAUUAUAGGCAGGGGUGUAGUGGUAAAUACAGAAGCAAAUAGUUGGAGGCCUUGUAUUUUAUAUUGAACUUUGUGUAACUUUUAAAUGUACUGAAUCACCAUCAUCACGAUUGGCAGCUGUAAAGAACCAUACAACAGUGAAUAACUCACCAAACCUAAUGUGCUUAGCGUCUAUAAAUUAAACAAUGUGGAAUUGGCUGCUACAGAUGGUAUCGCUAAGAAAAGAAUUUUAAAAUAUUGUUCAAUAGGAUCAUAUUAAAGCCUAAAGAGAAGUAUGUUGGAUGGCAUAUUUGCCUUAAUGGGUCGUACUCAUGCGUCAACACUGAGCUAUAAAGGUUGUAGGGUCCUUGCCCAAAUUUGGAUUUUCUGACUCCAAACAACAGACAAAAUUUUGGUAAACAUUAAACAAACUCCAGGCUUUAAAACAUCCUUUCAAACCCUUAUGGGCGACAUCACAGGCAUUACAUUUAAUCUGUGUCGUGUCAGUUAGGGUCCUGUUGUACUGCCGUGGGCCUCGGGUCUGAGAGUCAAUAUGUCUAAUACCCAAGUGGAUCCGAGGGGACUCGCUAUCAACUCUUACAUGGUACUUCACAGUCAUCACACGACAAAAAGUAGUAUUUUGAGGUGGGACAGGGAGCAUGAACUGUGAAGCGCAGACAAAAAUGACGUGUUGCUAAACUUUUCAAUUGCAGCUACACAUUAAUUGGUGGAGCAUCAUGCUGCUGCCAGUGUUCUCUCUCUGUUUAGGUGUGUUCAGGUCAACCGCAAUCUGGAUGGGGUCUAGUUGUUCUUGGAUCCAUGUCCGAUUAGUUCUUUUGAAAAUCUGUUUAUGCACAUCCAGCUCGGACAGCUUUUCCACAGGUCAGUUUUGUAUCAGGUCUAAAACUUUUUAAGAUGUCUAGUCUCAAGGGUUAUCUAGAGCUGACUGUAUGUUGCUGACAAGGAACUUUUCUGGUUAAAAACAGUCUCUAACUAGCUGCUAAGCUGUGAUAAAGAAUGACUGUGACUUCUGACUGACCUCAGCGAGGACCUCCACUCUCUUGCGUAGUAUUCCAGAGAUGUAUCUGAUGAGACCCCACUCUUUGCAGGCUCCAGCUUGUACAUACAGCUCCUCCAGCAGGGAACGCACACUGACCCCGCUCUGCCCAGGACCUGACAACUCCACUGGCCAAUCAGCUCCUCUGGUCAUCAGAAGAAAAAAAUUACAUUAUUUACUUAUUAGUGUGCCAAUGCAGACAAUAAGCUGUGUGUGCAUAGUUGUCUCUAAGUCCGUACUUCAUUACGUAAAGGAUGUAGAGUAUGUCAGCCUGGUCCUGCAGAGUUGGACACUCUUUCAGCUGCCUCACCAACAUUGAAAAGUCUGUGUUGCCCUGAGAGUCUCGAGGCAGGUGCAGAUCAGCAGCACUGUGGGACUUGUGAGGGACGUCAGUGUAAGACAAACACAAUUCAGAACAAUACUGAAGUCACAAGAGAAACGAGGUUGGCGGAGGCUUGUGGAAAGAUCUGCUGUGCCUACCUUGUGCUGCUUUACAUGUGGGCCAUGCUGAGGAUGAGGAACUUCAAGUAGGUUGAGAGAUCUGCGGUGUUUGCUCUUAAUAGGAGUCACAGGUAGAUACAUGGAAGACUCUGAAACACGCACAAAUUAAAACAACAUAUUACAAAGUGAAACCAGAGUAUUUUUGAGAUGCUGCCAAUUAAUUUUCAUUUUUGGUGUACUUAGUUUAAUGUGAUUUGUAUUGUCAUUUUUUUUACCCCACUAACAAAUUUCCUACAUUUCCCAGUUAAGCUUGUGACAACCCCAACACAAUGGGCUUGUACUUUGUUGUUUUCAGCGUCAGAUAAGAUUUGGAGUUGGAAGGAGUGAAAGAACAAGUUGAGUAAGAGGUUUCACAUUUGGGGAAAAAUCUUAUUGUGCCUCUAAAACAGGAUGUCUUGUUUUAAUGCAUUGCAUUAUGGGCUCUUAAGGCUAUUGUCAAUCAGUAUUCUAUUAUUUUUUGAACAACAUGGAGAGCUAUGUUAUCGGGUUUAGAUAAUGGUCGUAUAUUUAGCGUAGUGUGUCUUUGUUGCUGCCAUCUACAGGUGGCCAGAAAAUAAAAGUUGCAUAACAUA